AUCUUGGCUGUAGUUUUGGUAGCAUGCUUCAUCUACUAUUCCUACUACUACAUGGACAACCUACAGUUCCAUGUGACACAUGCUUACGCCCAUAUGGGGCAAGCUCAUGCGGCACACAUGGUGGGACAGAGAUUGCUCUGGGGUGAAGGCACCAAACAGGAUGAAGACAAGGCCAUGGAAUGGUUCAGAGUUGCAGCUGACAAAGGUCAUCCACAUGCUUCUCAUAACUUGGCCAUAGGUCAUCUCCAUGGUUACAAAACUGAUGUCAAAAGUAAAGAGGAAGCGAGAAAUCUUCUGGAAUUUGCCCGCGACAAUGGCGUUCAUGAGGCGCAUGAUGCAUUGCACCGACUUUGUCCCCAUGACCAGUGUUAAAUUGAGGAAGGAAUCCGAGAGACGCCAUCGAUGAGAAUUUUGUCAGUUUGAUAUCAAUGGAGCUUGAUAGCGAAGAUAAUAUGUGAUGUUCCUUGUGUGAUCUGAUUAUGUAGGGCAGUACGUUAGUAGACUCUCACUCUUUGAUGUUGGAUGUAUUACCUCGAGAGUUCAGAGGUUUGCCAUGGUAUUGAGUCAUUAAACAGACUUACAUUGUCUGCAUGUCUUGGUCGAGUUUUCUUUCAUGCUGAAAAGUUUCUCUGAGGAAUCGCGCACAUUUUGAUAAUGGAAAUAAGUUAUAACUAAAUGUUUCUUCAGUGCUGUAUUGCUGACUAUCAUAGUCCUCUUACAAGAUGCCUUGCAAUUACCAAAUAUUGUCCAAAUUACCAUUUCAUUUUAUGAAUGCAACAGUUUCCAUGGACUUGCCCAGUACCUUUAUAUCUAUUCACCUUGUCAACUAUCUAUUUUCUCCAAAGAUAGGAAAUUGUAUUUCAACUAGAUUUGUAAAAAACAUAUUUCAGUGUGCUUUUGUAAAUGUGUGCUUAAGUUAUUGAAUAGAAAAUCGCAUUUUGCCUUACUUGUUUGAAUUCUUGUCUUUCAAUAUCACCUUGACUGAUUAACAUUCCAAACUUUACUGAUUUUACUAUUUACUAUGCAUUAGGUAAAUGCAUUUUCUUUUGCCUUUCCAGUAGCCUUUUAUGCCAUUUUUUUACCUCACUAUUCAUCUCUGUUUUCAAUUGGACUCACUGUAAAUAUUGAAAGUCUUUAUGUACGUUAGUAGAGUUCAAAUGUUCAAUUUAAAUAUAUAAACAUUGUACCAUUGUACGUUAUUAUGUUUGAAAUUUAGUUUAUCAGUUGCUGAGGGAAAAUGAUGUAACAAAAUACUGUAGACCCCAUAUAUUUUAUAUACAAGUAUUUUCACAGUUCUAGACUGUCUUUGGAAGUUUGCAAGGUGUAAAUUUAGACUUCGGUAGCGUUUAUUUUUGCAUAAAUAUCCAUCUAUCAAGCAGAAAGUCUCAAGAAAUUGAUUCGCGAAAAUGAAACCAACAUGAAAAUCUACUAUGUAUAUAGUACUACUGUACAACAUAGUACUACUGAGUAGUGCUAUCAGAUUGAAGAUGCUCAAUCAAGCACUUGUAUAGAGACAUCACAAAUGUCUACAGAGCAAAGUAAAAAAUCCUUUCCAAGAAAAUGGCUGCCAUUUCAAUUGUAGUUUCCAUGUUUGAUCACUGCAUGAUAAAAUGCACCAUUCAUUUUGAGAGGAAGGAGAUAUCUUGAAUAUUCAGAGGUAUAGACACAUCCAUCAGUAAAUGUUAAUAUAAACAAGAAACUAAACACUUGGAGAUGUUAACAUUUUGCCUGAAGAAAAAAAAAUAGACAAUUAUGGAAACCAAGAACAAUUCAUUAAGUAAUGUUAAUCAAAACCAAUUGUGAUGGAAUUUGUGUUUAUAUGACCAUGGACUGCUUGAAAUGUUGUGUCCGAUACUAUGAAGCCCUUGUUAAUGUUAUAAAUUCAUUUUGUUUCUCAGUCUGAUAUCCCAUACUGCAUUUGGUAAUUCAGUAUUGAAGAGUCGCAUAUUCAUGUAUUGUUGCCCACAAUCAUCUUCUUUCAACCAUCCAAAUUUAUUCAUUGGAAUAUACAUUGGGUUCAUUGUAGAUUAUUGGGCAUUUUCAUGUUUACUGGAAGUGAACCUCCUGCAUGCAGAAGGAUGUAUUUGCAUUCAUUUUCAAAUGAAGAAAACAAUUCAGUUGGCAAGUCACCACUCUGUCCACAUGCCCUAGUGUUCUGGGCCUUUAUGACUAGAUAUUGGCCACAAUGGCCCAAAUUCACAAAGGUGCUUUUGACCAAAACCAUCGGUUGACCCCAUGGUUUAUGCAGAUUUCCUGUAUAAAUUUUGCUUAAUCUACCAAGUGUAUUUAAAAAAUCUCCAAUACUGAUGCACCAAAUUGACGCCUGUUUCCAUUCCGCUAAAUGAGUCCACUGUUAUGACUAGCGGACUCAUUAAUAAGAUAGCGUGCUUAACCACGGCAAAUAGCGUCAAUUUGACGCACUGACAAUUGCAUGCAUCAGUAUUGCUCACUUUUUAACAUGUCCUGUAAAUAAAAGUAAUACAUACACGAAAUCUGCAUAAACCAUUGGGUGAAUUCAGGCCUUUGAUUUUUUUUUUUGGGGGGGGUAUUUAAAAAAAUGAAUAAAAAAAACCAUUCACAAACCUUUAAUUUUUGUUAAUAUACUGAACAGAUGGUAUGACCCUUGCUUGUGCCUGUAUACACCAUGUAUUCAUAUUGAGAUUUUAUAAGUGUUAUAUUUGUUUUGUGACAUAAAACCAAUUUAAGGUUCUGAAAUAUUCAGUCACCAUGUAUUAUAGAAGUGUGCAAUAGAAUUGUUUUGUUGUUUUUUCUUGUCUUUCACUGCACUGUAUAUAUCAUAGCUUUUAUGAUUCGAACCACUGUAGGUGGUGCUCAAGGCCUCUUUGUUCAUGCAAUAAUUUAAAAAGGGGAGUGAUCAACUUCAAAUUUUGUUUCAUGUGUAUAUCCCAAGACUAUGGUCCAAUGGAAUCCAGAUUGGAGAUCCUCACAGACACCCAAAUUGGCAACUGGAAAUGCAGUAUAGGGAACUUGACAUAAUGUGUUGGUUUCAAUGGGGACAAUAGGGACCAAUUCCACUUUUCAUGUACAUGUAUUUCCUAUUUGUAUUCAAAUAUUCAUGAAUAAGUUAUGCAAUGUACUGGUAUUCAAUAUGUCCAUUGAUAAACUGAAACCAGAUUAAGUUCAGAAGAUAUGUGUAUGUGUGAGUUUGGGUUUUAACUGACACAUUAUCAGAUAUGAUUAUUUACAUUUACCAAAUUUUAACAUGAAAGAGUAAUGCCAUAUACCUCAGACUGCUCAACAAUGUCUGUUCCACAGCCCUUUAUAUAUCGAAGGGCACUAUAACCAGGGGCGGAUCCAGGAGGGGGCCGAGCCGGCCCCGGCCCCCCCUAUUUUUUGACAACCUGCAGAAAAAGUGUACUAUAGGAAAAACACUUAAGAAAAGUAGGAAAGAGGUAUCAUACCCAGGAUGUGUAAUUUACAACCUCGUAACGGCCGGCCCGACCCCGAAAGGAAACAAGAAAAGGGUGAGGGGAAGAAUUGUAAAAAGAACUUUAUAUAAAAAAAUUCGCUCGCGCUUCGCGCUCGCAUUGCCUGUGCCAAUGACUCCCAUUCAAGAGGAUUAAAUGACACUUAUAUAUCCAGAUCUGAAAUCAAUUUGCACACAAUAUUUUAGCUCGCACAUCAAGCUUUAAUUAUUUUGUUUGUUUUACACAAAUUGUUUAUAUCAAUAUUUUCAGCUCGCGCUGCGCGCUCGCAUUGUUUGAUUUGUGAGUUACCUAUCCUCUUUGGAAAUUCUUACCAAAAUUUGUCAAAAUGCUCCUUUAUCAUGUCAGUAUUUAACAAAAUUGAGCUUGUGCUUCGCGCUCGCAUUUAAUUGUUUGAGACACACAGCUUUUUCUGUAUUUAAAUAAAAACGCGCUUAGACUGUCCAGUUUUCAGGUCGGAAUAUCAAAAAUGUUGAGCUCGCGCUUCGCACUCUCAUUAUUUAAUUGGUGAUACUUGUAUCCUCUUCAUUAAUCACUAAAAACAGUCCUAAUGCUAAUUGAGUCCCUUUUCACGUUACUAUGAUAAAAUUUCAGCUCGCGCUUCGCGCUCGCAUUGUUUAGUUGGAUACUUAUCUUUUUCAUGAUUAUAAAAUCUCCUCAGAAUCUUCAGGUCCAAGGACAUAAGAUAUCAAAGAAUUUGAGCUCGCGCUUCGCGCUCGCAUUAUAUAUUAAGACCACAUGAGAUACCUUAUCUUGUUUAUAACAAUAAAAACUAACAUAUACUUGACACUUCAGUCUCUAGUUAGGACUACCCCCUGAACCCCCCCCCCAAAAAAAAAAAAAAAUCAGAUUAUAGCGGCCAAUCGAGAAAAAUGUUGAUGAAAAUAUUUUUCGGCCCCCCCUAUUGGCGAAAGCUGGAUCCGCCCCUGAUAACGUCUAGCACACAGCAAAUUCCUUGUAUUGGAUCAUGGGCAUUUCCCAUUCACAAGAUAAUCAGAAAUUGUAAAUUUUGGUCUAAAAUAAUGCUACUUUGAUCUUUAUGGAAAACCAAUGAAUAUUUAAUUUGAGUUGAGACACAUUCACUGUAAAGUCAUAUUUCUUGGCAAAUAUUGUAAUGUGAUUUUUUUUUAUAGAGUAUCAGUAAAUUAUUUAUGACUUUAGUAGGUCUGCUACAAGAAUACAUAUUGAAAUAUUGCACCCUGGCUAUGGAUCCACCCGCAGGGGGGGGGGGGGGGUAACUUCCAUUGAGUGCAAGGGAUCUGCGAAAAAAAACAGAAAAAGGGAAAUUUUUCAGGGAUAGGAGCGGAAUACGGCAAAUCAGGUGUAAAAAAAUGUUUAUAAUGGGAAAAAACGCCCUUAAUCGUGAUUAUCUAACACAUGAAAGGGGUACAUAAUUUGCACCAACUGUGGGACCUACUGUAACAAGACCCACCCAUUAAUAUAAAAUACUUUACGUGACCUCGAUAAGUUUGAAAUGGAAUACCUAGUCCUGCAUAUAUUUCAAACUGAACCCAAACCCACAUGCUCAGCGCAUAGUGAAAUGGGAAUAUCCUGGUUUAGGCUAUGUCAGAAUAAUUAAUGAAAUCCCUGUUAAGAGUGUGCAAAUUUAGGCCAAGAGGCCUGUCCUUCAAUCCUCAAUUAGAGUGCAUUAUUUAGGACUAUUUUCACUGACGCCGUCCACUCUUCAAUGGAAGAGAACACCCCCCCCCCCCAAUCCAGGAACCGAAUGAGUAGUUCGAUUCUUGCAUAUGUACUUUCGAAAUUGGCUGAGUUAUACUGGUUUUAAGAUCACUUUAUUACAAGAACAAUAAAACUUUGUUAUUGAUGUUGUUAUUUGAAAUAUGCUUUGCAUGAUCAUAUAUUUGUGUGUGUGUAGAAUUUGAAAAAUACAAAUAAAUAUUCCUAAAAAUAAA